CGAAGCCCCCGCCCCGCCCAACUGGGGCUGGAGCUGGUCGUCGCGUCCGGCCCAGCUGAACCGAUUUGCUACCUCUACGUAGACCGCCCCUGACCUGGGAGGGACGCAGGGGAAGGGGACUGUGGGCCCUCUAGGAUAGCGAGCUGCUGGGUUGCGGCGGGUUAGUGACAGGGCGGCGCGCUUGGCCAUCGCCUCUGCUUUGCUUGGGAGGACCCGGCUUGUUAAUGAAAGUGGAACUGAACCUUAAGCAGUUGCACUUAAUUUGGAAUAUUCUGGAUAAAAAGAAGCCCAGGAACAACAGCUCUCUCUCCACAGGAAGACGUGAUUUUUGAGGCGAAUUAUGAACACAUUUGUCAUUGGAAUUGGUGGUGUGACAAAUGGUGGGAAGACAACACUGGCUAAGAAUUUGCAGAAACACCUCCCAAACUGCAGUGUCAUAUCUCAGGAUGAUUUCUUUAAGCCAGAGUCUGAGAUAGAGACAGAUAAAAAUGGAUUUUUGCAGUAUGAUGUGCUUGAAGCGCUUAACAUGGAAAAAAUGAUGUCCGCUAUUUCUGGCUGGAUGGAAAGCCCAAGGCACUCUCUGGUAUCAACAGAUGGGGAAAACACUGAGGAAAUUCCCAUACUAAUCAUCGAAGGUUUUCUUCUCUUUAACUAUAAUACAAGGGUCUACAAGCCUCCAGACCCUCCAGGGUACUUUGAUGGCCACGUGUGGCCCAUGUACCUAAAGCACAGAAGAGAAAUGGAGGACAUCACAUGGGAAAUUGUCCACCUAGAUGGAACAAAAUCUGAAGAGGACCUCUUUUCACAAGUAUAUGAAGAUCUAAGACAAGAACUAGCAAAGCAAAAAUGUCUGCAAGUAACAACGUAAAGACGGAAUGCACUGAAUCCUUCCUGGGGUAAAUUAGGAAACUCGAAGGAAUAUAUUCAAGAAUCUUAACCAAGACACAAUAUGUACUUUGGUACACUGGCAGCUGUUGUUUUGUUUGUUCUAUCACACAUGAUUUUCCCAAGUAAAUAGUUAUCUAUGACAAUGGAUAGGAAUUUACCUUAGUGAGUUGUUCUCACUCAAAGAAGUGUAUGGAUAUAACACAGAAAGUUAGUUCCUCUAGACCAAUGAUUGUCAGACUUUUCUGAAUGGGACCCAGAGUAAGAAAUAAGAUUUACAUCACAAUCCAAGUUAGAUUUACAUCACAGUUACAAUAUAUGUAAUCUGGUGUGUGUGUGUUUGUAUAUGUGUCAGUGUCUAUGUGUCUUGUGUGUGUCUAUGUGUGUACGUGUAUGUAUAGAUAUGUGUAUACAUACACAUAUCAAGUAUCAUUAAUUUUUCUAUUUUUAAUUUUUUUUUAAUUUUAGUUACCAUCCCAUACCAAUGCCCACUUACUGCAAAUAAUCGCAUUACUAGGAGUAGCAGUUGCACUAAAUACAUCAACAAUUCCCUGCAGUAUCUUUUGUGCAAGUGUUUUGUCAUUGUUCAUUCUGUCACUGUUCUUGGCAGGUGUCUAAAACCACUGAAUCAUUGUGUCAUUUUUAUUGGGAAGAUGUUACAAAUAGGGGAUUUUUCCUUGUGUUUAACAGUUUUGUUUUUUUUCAAACCAAUGUUCUAAAAUCACAGAAAUAAGUUAUAGUUUCUUCAAUGACCUAAUACAGGAGACCUUUCAUUGAGAAAUACAGACAGGAGAUCUGAAUUGUGUGAUUUUUUUUUUUUGAGACCUCUUUCAAUGUUGGAAUUUAAAUUACUAUAUUAAUCAACUUUUUGUUUAUAAAUAACGAACAGAUUUCUCACAACCCUCUCAGUGCUUACAAAUAUAAAAUACAUUGUUACAUUAACUUUAAACUUUCUCUACAGACUCAUUUGAUCAUUGUUUCUAUAUUUUAAUUAGCUUGUACUCAGUGAUAAUUAGGGGUUGUUUUUUUUUUUUUGGUCACACACUCUACAAAAAGCAAAACAACGUGGGCUCAAAUUACAGUUCAUCUACUUAAUAGCUAUAUGACUUUGAUCAAGCUAUUUAAAGUCUUGAUUUCCUCUUUUUAAGAUGGGGAUAUCAACAUUACUUAUUAGGGUAUAGUGUAGAAUAAGGAUAAAGUUCAAAAUCCUUAAUAUGGCCUCCAUGGUGUUCCCUGAUCUAGCCUCUGUAGCUCUCUACCCUCAUUUCCCAUCACUCAACCCAGUACUGUUCAGCCAGACGGACCUCCUCACCCCAGACUUACCAGAACCCUUCCUGCCUCACAGCUCGCACACAUGCUGCCCCCAGUGCUUAGAGCAAACUUCUGUAGCCCUCACCUCCCAGCAGCUUGCUAACUCCUACUCCUUCAUCUCACCCUUUAAAUCCCACUUCAGGGAGACCUUCCUGAUCCCCACUCCCCCACAUGGGUGCUUUCAAAGCUCUCCUACUUUUUCUUCAAAGCAUGAAUGAUAAUAAUUAUACUGCCACUCACAGAAGCACCCGUUUAGUGGCUGUCUCUCCAUCUAACCUACAAGCUCAAUGAAGGCAGGACCUACUUCUGUCCCUUAGUUAUAAACACACCCCUAACAAGCACAGUGUGUGGUACAUGAUGAACACACAAAAAAAUGCUGCAUACUUUUUUAUAAAUUAUGGUGUCAGGAAUGAGUUCAUAGGCAACCAGUACAUUACUUGACUAAUAGCUUAAACUCACUGGGGUGUUUUUAUGUUGUUGUUUUUUUAAAUAACAGGAAAAUCCAAGGCAGGCAGUCCUGGAUUUGUGCAUAGAGUUGUCAGAUCUAGGGGAAACAUAUAGAGGACACACAGUUCAAUUUGCAUUUCAGGUAAACUAUGAAUAACUUUGUAGUAUAAGUAAGUCCCAAAUAUUACAUAUUUAAGACUGUUACUCUUUUUCCAAAAUUAGAAUUUAAUCUGGUGUCUUGUAUUUUAUGUACCACCCCUACUUUAGACACAACUCAAAAAUAUCAUGAAAAAGCCAGGGUCUUUCAUUGUUGGCUUGUGGACUUAUCAUCACGGGGAGGUCAAAAGAAGGCAGAAGAACCUCCCUGAAUAGUGACAGCUUUCAAGGAAGGAAGACAGGUGUAGGGAGGUACAGACAGCCACCCAACAGUGUCUCCAGCAGAGUUCCCUGUGUGUC